AUGGCGCUGACGAACGGCCAGAUCGCGGGGAUUUGUGUCGGCGUGAUACUCGUUGUGGUGUUUUUGAUAUGCGUGCCGCUGUAUUGUUACUUCGUGUAUAAGAAACGGCGACGGGAGGCCGGGUAUGAAUCUGAGGAAGACGGCCAGCCCUCCACCAGCCCCCCUCCCCCAUCCGAGAAGGAGGGCACAGAGAACCCUGGGUACGAGAUCGGGGAGGAGGUCAACGGCGCGGUGAAUCACGGGAAGAAUCCGGACAACGGCGUUGUCCAAACCAACGGGCCAGUCGCGGUGGACGUUGCGGAAAGUCCCACAAAGAUAGAAAUAGAAACUCCGCAGAAAAGCGUCGCAGAGAAACCGGAAGAAAUCACGCUGGACAUUCCUGAGGAGGAAUCGAAUGCGUCAAAGGCCCCGGAUGUACGACGGGACAGUGACUCUCUUUCGCGGUUUUCGCUGAACUCUGACAUUGACCUGGACAACAUCUCGUUGAAAAUGAGAGGACUCGGGGACACAGACGACAUCCUGACGUCUGUCAUGUCGGUCAAAAGUCCCUUCAACUUUGAUGAGGAAAACGUCAUCAAGGACACAGAGGUCACACCUGGGGGCAAGGACGAAUCUAAUCGAAUGUUCGAUUUUGACAGUCUCGGAAAGGACGCGAAACUAUUAGAAAACAAAGAGGUGCCUAAAGUUACACCUGAAAAUUCAAACAUUCCGGAGGACAGGAGCAAGCUGUAUCAAGUGUCGGACAUUCCCGGAAAUGACCUUGCACCUAAGGAGAAUAUCUCCUUUGAUCUCGAAAGGAGCGACAGCCUUUCCCUGAGUUCGGCAAGUUCAAAGGAGACUAUUAUAGAAAUGCCCGGGUACUUGCAGAAGGACAUGUCGCCCAACAUGGAGCAGAACGUAUUCCAAGGUGACACGACAUUAGAAGAAGAACUGACCUUGAGUGACCUUGAGGAAGAUCUAAACACCUUAGAGAGCGAACAGCCGACCAUGGAGUCAAUCAAACCACACACGGUGGUACAGAAAGCUCAAAUCUCACAAGUAGACGUAGCAGACGAGCCUGAAGAAGAAACGGCCGAGGAACUAAAUGUAGCACCGGACGUAGCCAUUCAGAUAGAGAAGGCAAUGGAAGUGAACCAGCCCGACCUACAGAGAGCUCAAAUCUCACAAGUAGAGGUAACAGAAAAACCUGAAGAAAAACCUGAAGAAGAUCAGGUUACGAAAACGAAAGUUGAACCGGAAGUAGAAAUCCAGAUAGAACCGAAAGUAGAAAUCCAGAUAGACAAACCAGUGGAAGUGGAUCAGUCCGACCUCCCUCCCGAUGGCGUCAUACCAAACGGGCAUGACGUGGCGCCGAUGACGCUGGGAGUAGAGAUGAUCAGUGACUCGGACUCGGGGUCGGACGCGCCGACCUGCUCCAUCUCCAUGCCGGCGGAGGACUCCAGCAGCACCGACGCCUCCGCCGGGGAGAACGACGGAACCGUCUCCGUGCAGAUCCCGGAACGGAUUUCUGUGUCGGACGACAAGGUCAACGAUUCGGACACUUUCUUCUCUCUCGACAAACCUCCACCGACUAUCAUGGGGGACAGUUUUGAGAAGAGUAUUUUCUCCACUCUCGACUCCUCCGGUGUUCCGAAACUGAAUACGGAGCAGCCAUCUUUGAACGGGGAGCCGGAGGUCACGGUCUUGUCCUUCAGGAGCAAAGAUGGCGUCGAUGAUGACAGCGUCUCCAUAUCGUCCGCGUCAUCAGGUUCCUCUGAGGGGUCAAAGGGCGACGUUCUAAAGGAGAGCCUGGCGGUGGAGGAGCCGCACAGCCCGCCCUUCAGUCCCAUCACUCCGCUCAGGAAGAGAUUUUUCUCCGAUACUCCGGAGAUCGGAGUACCAUCCACACAGGUCACCAGCUCUCCUCUGCACCUCGAGCCGGAAACGGGAGAAGCCAGGACAGUGACAGACACGGAGCCACCUUGGAAAUCGUUCGAUUUGUCGCCAACCUCAAAGAAAGAGAUGAGCUCAGAACUCGAAUCAGUCGCGAAAGUCGACGAGGUAUCGUCACCGGUUACCAUAGAAACCCUGUCAGAACCAGAGGUUGUUAAAAUUGACGAACAGUUUGAGGAAAAAGCUCUGACGUUUGCAAAACCAGAAGAAACUUACAGGAUUACAGAAUCUGCGUCGUCUGAGUCUAGUAGUUCGGAGUCAGAGAAGUCAAACGUUGAUAGCGACACAUCAACACAAACGGCAUCCAUAGAAACUCCUUUAAAAACAGAGAAAGAAGAAGAGGUACCGGUGACGCCACAGAAACAAGUGGAGCCAACGGUCGUUCAAGAGUCCAAGACGUUUGAGUCCAUCUUAGACAGCCCAAGUAUGCAGAAGAAAGCGUCAGAGCCUACUGCAGUGACCCCGAGCGUCGGUAUCGGCGGUGACCCCACCGAUGACGUCGUGUCGUCCGUGGGGUCAGCUCUGACGUCAUGGAGGACCCGGAAGCCAUGGCGCACGCGCGGGGCUCGGUUUGAUGACGACAGCAGCAGCGGCCGGUCCACACCGGAGUCCGAGAAGACGAAAGACGCCUCGUUUUUCUCGAGUCUACUUGGUUCUACUAAGGAGGACACGAUAAAGGGCAUAAGGAGUGAUAAAAAAAGGACGGAGGUUGCAAGGAGUGACUCAAGAACGCCUCGCUUUAAGUACAAGGGCUUUCUAAAAACGUAUGAAGAUGAUGAAGAUGAGGACAGAAAAGGUGAUAGCUUUUCAUCUCCCGAGGCCAAAACGGACAUCGAGUCACAGAGAGAAGAAUCACAGGAGAAAUCGUCGUCAAACGAAAUCGAAGAAAAACUUUCCGAAUCGUCGAGUUUCGAGGCACCAGCAAGAAAGACGGGACAGUUUAACGGGCCGUCGGUGAGUACGACAGCACAAAAAGACCAAGUGACAGAUACUCCACCAAUGAGAAACAUAGACGACAUCAUACAACACCUAAACAAUCGUCCUGACAAACAAAACUCAUCAGUUGACCAGUCUCCUAGACCAGAGCAUGUGCCGGCAGCAAGCGAGACCCCGUCCCGUCCGCCCCUGCCCAGUCCCGACCAGCUCACCGCCUCCCAGAGACAGCUCGCUCAGCAGGACUCCGCGCCCCCCGCCGCCCCUGGCCGCCCCCCUCUACCGAGCACGCCUAACCUCAGCCGCACGGAGAGUUACAAAGCGUUAACCCCGGAGCAGCAGAGUGAAAUCAUAUCCGCCAAAUCCACACCGACGUCGAGAACGGUAAAAGCUGAAGUCGAAAACGGCACACCGAAAGUUACUGAGACAACGCCAAAAGUGGCCGAAACACCGAAAGUUGCCGACACACCACCGAAUAUUCCCGACUCCACGCCAAGGACUCCCGACACGUCCGCGCCGAAAGUGGCCGAGGUAACACCGAAGGUGCCCGUAACGACACCGAAAGUGCCCGAGACGACACCGAAAAUUCAGGCCGAAACGACGCCGAAGGUUCCCGACUCAACCCCGAAAGUAUCCCAGACGACGCCAAAAACCAGCGAAGCACGAAAACUCCCUGGUAGAACACGAGACAAACCAACUGUGUCCAAGCUCUCCCCGGCGAGGUUGUCUCCGUACACACCCAUGCCUUUCAACAGGGACCGUCACACGUCGCCAACCUCUACCACAACGCCGCCUAGCGCCGGGGUGGCGAAGGGCAGGCGGCCGCGGGGGGUCGCCAGGUUCAUGAACUCCAGUUCGAACCCGCUGUUCCAUGCCGCCAUGUUGCUGACCGACGAGGAGAAUAAGAAGAACGCCUCUCCUCCGGCUGAACAAAAGAUGACCGAAAACGGGGGUCUUAGAAACGGAAGAAGUUCGUCUCCAAGUGUCAAGACCAGUCCAGCACCUCAAGAACAAUCUUCCAAACCUUCAACAUCCCCUAAGACGGAAAGUGAAGGCGUGAAAGCUCCUCCAAGAAGAUCGCGUGGUUCAGACCCUUCCACAAACGGGACAUCUCAACAGCAGCCUGCUUCGGCUCUCCCGAAGGACGGUCGGAAGGACUUGGCGCUGCUUCGGACGCCGUCGUCGGUGUCGAGGGCUUCCGAGGACGGUUCGGAGUACGGCGAGGCCGUGUCGGUCGCUCUGGACGACGCGUUCGCGAUGUUGGACGACAUCUGA